GACCCCAACGAGGCCAACUGUGCUUUGGAGCAGAUGAAGGUAGAUCGAGGACUCUACAAUACAAUACAAUUUUAUUUUUAAAAUUUAGUGUUUAAAAUAUAUUAGUCAACAAUUAGCCAAAGAUUUUUUUUGAAAACCAAUUUCUGUAAAAGUGAAGAAAGAACAAUUAAAAUAAAUCAACGCACUGUUUUAUCCAGGAUCCAUUGAAGCCAUUCAGUUUCGGACCCCCCUAUAAUCUUAACCCUCUGACCAAAGAGUACUCUCGCCCCGAGGACACCUUUAACUAUGCCGACCACUUCCAUUACCGCUACGACAACCUGGAGUUUGUUGGACUCAGCAUUCCCCAGCUGGACGCCUUCAUCAAGGAGAGACAUGAGCAUGAUAGAGUCUUUGCUGGUGAGUACAUGAGUAGGACAUAG